GCAUUUUAUUAGUUCAUGUAAAUCAUGUGUAACCCUAUAAUUUGUAAAACUAACCCGUGCUUGCCGGGAGAGAUUCAGGAAAACUAAAGUAAAUAAUACACAGGAAAAUUAUGUCGUCGUCGCCAAAUUCCCUUCCUCCACCCGCUCCAGAUCCAGAAUCUAGCUCCGCCAUCGCCGCCGCCGAUAAUAAUGCUCCCGACACCGCAACCACCGCCGGCGAUUCGCCGCCCGAGGAACCCAUCUGCUCCACCACCACCACCGCCACCACCACUUCAUCAUCAUCAUCCUCUCCAUCCGAUGGAGCAGAAGAUCCUCAGCCGGACAUCCCUAUCUCCUGGCCGCCGGACGGCCAGCUGUCGUCGGAGUGGGUCCACCGUCUGAUUGCGACCUUCGAUUGGUCCUCGCGCAACGUGGCUCCUUCGCAGUUCUAUUCCGUGCUCCCCGUCCCGGUCUUCGACGCGCUGGUGCUGGCCGCGUCGAAGCUCCUCCACAAGGAGCCGAAUUGCGUCUCGAUCGGGGGUUUGAGCCCCGACUCCACCGUCGUCGUGGUCGGGGACGUCCACGGCCAGCUCCACGACGUGCUUCUCCUGUUCAGAGAAGCUGGUUUCCCUAGCGAGAAUCGUUACUUCGUGUUCAAUGGGGACUACGUUGAUCGAGGUGCUUGGGGGCUCGAGACUUUCUUGGUCCUGCUGGCGUGGAAGGUGUUUAUGCCGCACAGGGUGUUUCUCUUACGCGGGAACCACGAAUCAAAGUACUGUACGUCGGUGUAUGGUUUCGAGAAGGAAGUACUGGCUAAGUAUGGGGAUAAAGGCAAACAUGCAUACAGGAAGUGUUUGGGAUGCUUCGAAGGGCUUCCAUUGGCUUCCAUUAUAGCUGGGCAUGUGUACACUGCUCACGGGGGACUAUUCAGAGGCAACCCUGCUAUUCCCACCUUGCCCAAGAGAUCAAAACGAAAGAAGAACCGGAAAGUAAACCUACAGCAGGAGACUAAUACCUUAGCUCUCGGUUCUUUAGACGAGUUGGCCAAAGCUCGAAGGUCGGUUCUUGAUCCUCCAUGGGAAGGUCAGAACCUGAUCCCUGGUGAUGUGCUAUGGUCAGACCCAACGAUGAAACCGGGGCUCUCGCCGAAUAAAGAGAGAGGGAUCGGCUUGCUUUGGGGUCCUGAUUGCACGGAAAGCUUUUUGAAGAGGUUUCAGUUAAAGCUAAUCAUCAGAUCACAUGAAGGUCCUGAUGCUAGAGAAAAGAGGCCCGGUCUUGGCAACAUGGACGAGGGAUAUACCAUUGAUCAUGUUACAGAGUCCGGGAAACUUAUUACUUUGUUUAGUGCUCCAGACUAUCCACAGUUUCAGGUAAUUCUUAAUCCGUGUGUUUUCUGCUGUUGGAUGAAGCUAAUGCACACCUUAACCUGCAAGAGAAAUGUUUAAUGCUGUCCAUGCAGGCUACAGAGGAGAGAUACAAGAACAAAGGGGCUUAUAUUGUUCUGAGACCACCGAAUUUCGAUGAGCCAGAGUUCCAUAGCUUCGACGCAGUAACUCCUAGACCGCAGGUGAAUCCCUAUUACGACUUUGAAGACGUGAUCGACUCUGAUGAAGAUUUAGACUUGGCUUCAAUGGCAAACAAUGAUUAACGAAAACCUGUCGGGUCCCAUACCCGGUCCGGUUCAUCACCUGCGUUUUGCUAGCUCGUAGAUGCUUCAAAUGCCCUUGUACAAUCAUAAUUUAUGAAUUAAACCUUCUCGUCAGAGUGAAAAGUAGCUGGCUUCUUGUUGUUGUUGUUGCCUCUUCUGCGUCCCCUCUUCUUUUUUUGGCAGCUCAGAAUAGCAUAAUAUACACUUCAUGAUAUUUAAGGUUUGAUGCAUUAAUGGGGGGAAUGGAGCAGAGUUCUGGAAUUGUUUCUGUCCUUCAACUCUUUGAUGUGAAUCUCCUUGAUGGUGUCUUGUUAUUUUUAGAGCCCAUUUGCGUCCAUUUCCAGGCAAUUAAUUUUAACUUUACAUUUCUCUAGUUUCGCACCU